UGCUCGUUUUCGCCUCGGCGCGUCCACAGAGCGUCGUCUGCUAUUCCUCUGUGUGGGCGCCCGAUCCCCGCUGUCGGCAAGCAGCGGCUGGCUGCCCGACGGAGCUGUUACGUUCGUUCCUCGGACGCGGCGGCGUCUUUUGACAACCACGUCGCUCGCUGAGCGGAUUUCCUAUCUUAUCUCGCACUCGUCCACAAAACACGUCUCCUGGAGUGCGUGACGAUUUGUGCAUCGCGCACUUCCUUCCCUGCGCGCUUACUUCUCGUGCGCCUUGUAAUUCGCCGGUUUCUGCGGAAGGAUUACGCGGCGGGAUCAGUGUGGGAGUGACCGUGUUUGCAGGAGCGUCCGCUGAACUCCAGUGGUUCCUCGCCUGUUGAAUAUUGAAAGUGUGUUGGUGAUCUCCCUUGGCGACCACCCGUCAUGGCAGCGGGUUUUGGAAAAAUGCAGCAGACAAUGGAUAGCAGGACAUACCUCGCCGAGCUAAUGGGUGAACGAGAGAAGCUGUCUGGACACGCCGCUAGGCUCGUAGACCAAGAGAUCCAGCGUGUACAGAGCCAGAACGGCAGCAGCGCCCGGUCCUCCCACACCUGGGUGCCACCGGGACCCCUCAUGGACAUCCACAAGGGGCGCUCGGUGCGACUCCAGGUCCGCGUGCAAGUGCCCGUGAAAGACCACCCGAACUUCAACUUCGUCGGCAAACUGCUGGGUCCCAAGGGCAACUCAUUGAAGCGGCUUCAGGAAGAGACGCAGACUAAGAUGGCCAUACUCGGCAGGGGCUCUAUGAGAGACAAAGCGAAAGAGGAGGGCCUGCGGCAGCUGAAAGACCCCAAGUAUUGGCACCUUCACGAGGAGUUGCACGUCGAGGUGAAUGCAUUCGCACCGCCGGCUGAAGCAUACAGACGCAUGGCCUUCGCCCUGACUCAGCUCAAGCCCUUUCUUGUGCCCGACUACUACGACGAGAUUCGACAGACGCAGCUUCGUGAAUUGGCGCUUCUCAAGAACGACCGCAAGAAUGGCGCGGCGGCUGCGGCGUCGCUCGAGUCGACGUCCUCAUUGUCGCAGGCACCGCUUGCAGCUGCGCCACCAGGGACUGCGUCCCCGCCGUGCGGGAACGAAUUGGUGGUUGUCAACGACGGCAGCAACGCUCCUGCGCACCAGGAAGCGUCUUCCGCCUGCCGCUCUUCGCCUCCAACGCCUCCGACGCACCCGGCGCUGCGACCCAGAGUGGCCGGCCUGGUGCUCACGGCCGACGGCCUCUCGCAGCUUCCGCCGGGACUGCAGGUCUCCUCCUCGGCAGCGGGACUCGCCCGAGGCGUCGUCGCGCCUCCGACCACGGCUGCGGCUGUGUCGGCCGCCGCUGCCAAGGCCGCCUACCUGUUGCACGGCUCCCGGAUGCUGCCGGUGCGCCUGUCGCGGAAGGGAGCCCUGCGAGCCGCGGCGCUCACGCUGGGCCGGGCGGCCGCGGUCGGAGCUCUGAGGCACAGCGCGGCCGUGGAGCUCAUAUCGGCCGACUGCGCCGACGAAUUCCUUUACGGAGACGAGUAUCCAGAUAACAACUUCGACGGCAGCGUUUACGAGCAAGCGUUCACUACAAUUGAGGAGCAAGGGUUCCCCCGCCCAAACGCAGAGGAGAUGCAGAAUAAUGGUUUUGCCACAGAUGCAGACUUCGCAGAGUGGGCGGAACCCCCACUGCGGACCCACUGUCACCUGCCGGCACGCCUGAAGCCUUCGCAGACAAUGACGAGGAGACUGUACCGGCCGUACGGUCCCCUGCCGUCACGGUUCUGAGUUGCCGUGGUUUGGAACACCGCGGCUGAGUGAUCACGAUACUGUAGAUCUCUGCGCGACAUCCUUGUGGUGCAGCCAACGCCGAAGCUAACACCUUGUACAUAUUCAGAGUGUUUUCUUCAUUGUUCAUGAGAGGUCUACCGCUCAGAUUUUAAUACUCUUCAAGAAUGCGGUGGAAUGUGGUGCAUACUGGAGUUCCUUUGAGCGCAUGCAUUGUUAGCAUUACUUGACUGCUUUUCCUAGCGGAACAAAAUCUUUUGGAUGAACUCUGAACUCUUGACACCAGUGUUGCUAGCAGCGUGUCACAUGUUCACAAGCGUGUGCUACGAUCCUUUUCCACCAAACACUUCGCUAUUGUAAAUACUGCAUCGACGCGCAAGCCAGUAGUGUCGGCACCAGAAGGAUGUUCAGUUUUCAGACUGUUGUAUUGCAUGCAGAUAUGUAUCAGCCGUUCAUCUGUUAAGGCUGGGGUUUAUGUCAACUCAAAGUGGCCGUGAAUGGCAUACCGAAGAACGAGCACAUUUUUUUAAGUACUGCAGGCAGUUUGCAUGCUUUGCCACUAAAACAAAGUGGUAUGCCACCUUUACGUCAGGCGUUCAGCUAGUAGACAUCAGUAACUCACGCUGUACGCAUACUGCCGAGCAACUCUAUGUUCCAAUGUUGUGACGAAAUAUCCCCGUGCUUGGUGCUUGGUAUCCGUGAAAAACACUGCAGCCAGAAAAAAAAGUUUUGUACACUUCUAGGAACACCCCUUUGAUCACUUCUCCCUUUAAUCUCACUUUUUUUUCCACAAACCUAGUUAUACACAAAUGUGAAAAUUGUGUCCCUUGUGUUGACCUCAUCUACAGUCUGAUUUUAUUGAUGGUGCAAUGUGGCUGAUCAUUUCUGCAGCAUUAAUGUGUUGUCAUUUGUUUGGCUGCUAGAUUCACAAUUGCUAUUCCUAGUGUGAUAGCCUGCAUUUCUUGUCUGUACACAUGAGAUAUACAAUACCAAAGUUGACAGGGUUCCGUCCCUUCUCAUGUUAUUUUCCCUCAUACGAAUUGUAAUGUGUGUCUUUUAUUGUAGUGUGUACGUGAUGUGACGCCAAAUCAUGGUACUUUUUAUUCCACACAGCUACAAUCAUGGCAUGGUGGCACAUCAAUAUGAUCGAAACAUUUCAACAUGCACAGUGUUAUGUUACUCUUGCAGAAGGUUGCACUGGAUUGCUUAGGGUGAAAGAUAGCUGUGUUGUGAAAACGCUCUACUUUAACAAUUAUAGCUUAGAUGUUGGAGCGUGAUUGCAGAUAACUAUUGUUCUUAGUGCAAGUUAUUUUUCACAACUGCUAUUAGUGUGGAACUGAGAACUGAGGACACUGACCACAUUAUAUUUCGCCUCAAGUACCAGGUAAGGCAAAUAGAAAAUUAAAAAAUCCAAAGUAGUCUAAGAAAAAUGCUUACUCAUUCGCUGCAUUUGCCGCUUCUAAAGUAAGUUCGCAACGUUCCUACUUUGCUGAAUGUGUACCUGGAAACCACGAGCGUAACAUUUGGCAAGGCUGCUUAUGAAAAACCUGAGGCUUAGCUGCACUUCAAAUUCAACAUUUGUACAAUACAACAACAACAUUUGUUAGCACUUAUUGCACAGUCAGGUGCAUGACGAAUUAUUACUGGUGGUACGGAUACCACCAUCUAAAUUUCUACCCUUAAGGCAAACCGAGAACAAGAGAAAAAGUACGAACGAACGUUGCAACUUCAGGCACUGAACUUCUAAAUAAAAAAAAUGUUGGGGUCGCUGGCCAAGUCAAAAUUCAAAGUGAUGUUCUGUGGCCUUUACCGGUGAGUGUUCACAAUGAGAUGAACGUGAACCUGUCAUCGUUUCUUGAAAAACAAAGGAACGCAGUGCACAUGUAUGCACAGUUCUCACAUUUUCUGAUUUGUCCUAUUCAUUAUAGCAGACAUUUUGACAAUUUGAACAAUUAAUCGAUCAGGCACCUACUAGCCCAGCUUGUAUCUUCGAUUUUAUUGUCUCUCCAUGUUCAGUACGAUGACUGUUUAUUAAAUGGCCUUACAAAAGCCUUAAGCACGUCUUCCCCCUGAGGAGUCACAGUGCGUUCCUAGAUCUUUCCCUCAAACUUUUACAUUGAGGCCACAAAACAUCACUUUGAAUUUUGACUUGGCCAGCAACCCCAAGCAUUUUCCUUCAUUUAGAAGUUAUGUGCCUGAAGUUGCAGCGUUAAUUCGUACUUUUUCUCUAGUUUUUGGCUCUUCCUUUUAUUUACAGUUAUCAAUUUGUCUUAGUUUUCUAUGUGAGUAUAUAGUCUCUCGGGAAAAGUUGACGGAGCUUCUCGUUGAUCCUUUCCUUAUUGACUGUGCUCACACAAUGGACUCAUGCGCAACAUGAGCUUUGUUGUCGCAUAUGCUGACAAUCUCGCUCGUUAACACCGAGCUGGUAUCCUAAUCAAGGAAUACAGUCCGAUAGAUUGUUUCUUGUGCAGUACUUGCUUAUCUGACUGACUGCUGAUCCAGCUUGCAACGUAUAACGGUGCACACGAUAAAAAAAAUUGAAAUUCAAGAAGUUACAGCGCAAGCGUCUGUGGAAGAAGUCCUCUAAGGACUCUUUGUUUAUUCUUUUCUAUAAUUUGCUUUGGCCAUUGACUGCCACCUUGUUUUGCAGACAAGCUUGUUUUGCCCAGUAUGUGUGCAUUGUAUAAGCCCAUUUACGCAGGAAGCGUAUCUUUACAUUACUUUUUUGGACACCUAAUGUAAUGUCGGUGUCAAAACUUUCCCAGUUGCAUUAUCUGACAAAAUGUUCGAUUUGUGCCAUUCCUCUCUAGACUGCCAAGGUUUGCGAAAUGCAUUUAGAAGCUAAAUGGCCAAACUGAGCAGAAAGAAAUCUUUUUGGCUGAACCUAUGAGCAAAAACGGUUGACGCCUAGCGUGCCGCCGUGUGAAGUGUGAAAGUGUGACGCUGGCUUCUUGAGUUGUUUUUUUCUUGUUGUGGUCUUCAAAUAUGCUAGUCCAUUUUAGUGUUAAAACAUGUUUUGUGUGUGUUUAACUUGUCGCACGUUUGCGCCGGCAUUAUGUCAUUUGGGAUUGUGAAAGCAUUCGUGUCAAGAUCAUUGAACACCUAUGUAGGCUGUGUGUUGUUGCGGUCGGUGAGGCUUUUUGUAUCCGUCUAGUGUCCGCUGAGGAAGUUUUUUUCUGGUACGUUGCAUUCACUAUGAAUUUAUAAAUGCAUUAUCGUUAGGAGUAUGAAAGUGUAGAAAAGUAUGAUGGUGGUCUUCUCCAGACCACCAUCCCUUGUAGUUCCCUCCUUGAAGAGGGAGGACGUCUAUAGAAUGAGCUCCUGAACAACACUUCUUAAUGUGAUGAACGUGAUUUAAAUCGAUGAUCAGGGGCCUGAAAUAAGUAAUGCUAACACAUGUCUCUCGCAUUUACUGCUAAAUUGCCGCUAAAGCUUCUUGCUUAGAUAUUGUGCUGUAUUGCUUCAAGUAGGUGGCGUUUGAAUUUUAUUGCUACCUUGAAGAUGUUCUCAAAUACAGCUUACAUUGUAAUUUUUAUAAUGGCAUAAUUGGACUUUGUGCAAUUGUACCGUUUCUUAAAUAUAUAUACCGUUAGAUAUUGGGUGAACAGCAUGUUCCCGGAAGAACAGGGAUGGAAUGUGUAAAUUGUUUGUGCCGUGUACUGUUGAUGUUUUUUGGUAUUUUGCAACCCCAGUAUUCCUUUUCGCUAUGAAGGUAUGAUAUUUUUGUUUACUGCCACAUGUCACUUUGUAGUGAGCCUCAACGCCUUUAGGAUUCUCUACACUUUACAGGAUCAAUAGAUAGUUUUCUCUUUGCCUGCUACGUUUUCAUAGGGAGCCAUGGUGGCCACAUAAUGUUGUCUUAGCAGCAGUGCCCUUUGCUUAACACCACUGUGUUGUUGAGAAGACACUCGAGUUGAGCGCUCACUAAGGAAGCUGCACUGUAGGGUGUUGCACUUUUUCAAUACCUCAAGAAGGGCCUCUUCGAAAGCCAGAAUAUAGAACAGCCAAUUUAUCUCUCGAAACAUUUGGCUUUGAAUAAGAAGCUUGGCUGGAUAUAGAUGUUGUUGCUCUGUACGGUGCUGUUGCCUUUACAAUCAAAUGGGCGUGUUUUAAUGUCUGAUUUUUUUUCAACGAUGUUAACUCAAAAGGUGAGGAAGCAGAAACAGUGACUGGGGUCUUUUUGAGAUAUAACCUACCAUUCCUUUACCUUGAAUGCCGUGAGCAUUGAACAACAACUCGCAUCAUUAUGUAGACAUUUUUGCCAUUUCGCCCACUUUCAUAACUACACUCUUAGGCAAAAUUACACGCUUUAGGGUGUAUCUCUGCCACACAGCAAUAAUCGUCAUCUGACUUGCUUGCGUUUCCUUUCUUGAACACGCUGCGCCCACUACUUUCUUGUCGGGAAUGCUAUGCAUGCUGAUAACGUGCAUGCUGUUCGUUACUGGAAAGUACCAGGCUCACCUCGUUAAAGAAAGGAAAUGCAGACAAGACAGAUGACGAUUAUUGUUGUGUGGCAAAAGGGUGUAAUUUUGCUUAAGAGUGUAUAUGGAUCUUAUCACCAAGCGUCAUUUCACACACUGCUUCCCUCUUCUCGGAAUGUUCGGCAAACUGGUUUGCACUCAGAGAUGUGAAUAGGGUGCUAAAGUGCUGCAGAAAGUGAUUCGACUCGUGCAAAACAAGGGGGCAUGAUGCUUGAGCCAUUGUAUUCGCAUCGCAUUGGGCAUUAUUGUGUGUUCUAUAUUACAAACGUCAAGGGCAUUCUUAAGCAUGCUGACUUUUUUAGCUCCACUACCUAAGAAAAUCUCUAAGAAGGUAAUGAAAAAUGCCGCUGAAAAAAAAAGACGACUGCCAAAUUUUCAUUUCUCUUUUUGCUCAAAGCUAGCAUUACCAUCGCCUAAUAAACCCAGUGGGUAAGCAUUACGACCAAUUGGACACGUGAUGUAAAUCCCGAAUCGCGAAAUAUAUGACCUGAUUCGUGCGACACUGCUUCAGAACGUGAAUAACUUUCUCUCUUCCCUGUGCUAUGAAAUAUUUUAAUUCAUUCAGUUCGUUUGUUUUUGCAGCAGUAGAAAUAAACAGGUUACAAAUUUGAACUCAAUGGCCUUUUCGUUCAUAAGUAUUACUUGCCAUUUGCCGGCUGGCUUCACUACUAGAAUGUUCAUCACCACAUAUGGUCGGCAGUUGCUAUUGCGAACAUUUAUAGAAUAAGAAUAUGUCCCCUGUAUACGAGCUCAGAACAACAGGCAAGAACUUGUUGUUACAUUUUGUUCUUUUAGUCGGUGCUACAGUUUGCAUUAGGAAAGAGUCUCAAGCAAGGUUUGUCUAGUAAUGUGCACCAAAGACUACAUGCAGCAUAGAAAUGGAGCAGGAUUCGUGGAGAGAUGUUUAUGAAUUCUCGUUGUGAGAGAGUCGCUUCAAAUACAAACAUUGUUUCCUUGCGUAUCAUUUUUCCCACUUAGGUGUUUAAGUAGCAGAGUGACUACGCUGCAUCUGAGUAGGGCAUAUGCGCAGAUGCUGCGUAGCCUUUCACUCCUUAAACCAGAAUGCGUUCGGAAGUUCCAUGUCCUGCGUUUCUUGGAGCUAUGAAACUACUGUGUUCUCUUUUGUGUCACGUUUCAACACAAAUUGUAUGGUUUUCAUUGGAAUGGUAUUGAUUGGUUGUAACACAACCAAUCAAUGUGAACAGAUGGUUGCACCGCGCUUUCAGUUUAAAAGAAAGUAUUCCAGCCCAAUCUUUCAGGCUGUUCUGCUUCAUUGUAUGAUCUAAGUUUCCAGCUUUUAUACAACUCGCAUUGAGAAAAAAAAAGUAAACUAUGGAAAUUGAUAGCAAAUUAGUCUUCACGCAGGACAAAGGAAAUGCAUGGCAUUCUCGUGACCCACCAAUGUGACUCAGGGGCAACUGUGCACUUAUGUUAAGUAAAAUAUCGCGUGUUUGAUUGGCCCGCCGACGAGGCCGAAUUUUAAUGUCAGUGGUAUGCGAAGACUCCUGCUCUUAAAUUUCGUUUGCGAUCACCUAAAUUUCUGGGGCGAUCAAACUUGAUUCGGACUCCUGAAUAGUGGUAUCCGUUGUGUCCCGCGUGCCUGGGGAACAUAAACCCACUACAAUCAAUAAGUGAUGAAAUGCUUGCGUGAGCCACGUUGAUUUUAUUUCAAUGUUUGUUUGAACGAUGCUGGUUAUUCAGGGCCCAAAGUUAGCUGACGUCUUGUGCGCGUACUGCGAAUGUGCUUGUUGUGCACCCUGUUUCUGCACUGUACAUAUUGCCACACGUUCCUUUGUAGCACGGGUUGUCCGCGUAGUGCACACCGUCUGUGCUCUGGUGAAUGGUACCUCGUUCUGUUGUUGUUUCGUGAAUGAGACCCACCCGGAAUGAGACCCACCCGGAAGGCGAGUCCCACUUUAUGUUUUGCCCUCGCUUUAGUGAACACACGUGUUGAAACUUGUUUCGAAAUAAACGACCUUGUUUACCA